AGCUCGGUGCGCGCACGUGGCGUUCUGCCGGUGUAUUGCUCGGGUGGACGGAGCGGAGUGGCAGUGCGCGCGAGGUGGAGGGGCGUUUUGUUACAACCUUUACACGGACGGCUCAAAAUCUGAACACUCUUUGGCUGUCGGAGCCAGCAUAUACAUCCCUAAUCUAAAUAAAGCCAUAAUGCAUAAACUUCCAGCAGAAACAUCCAUCUUCUCUGCCGAAGCUUGGGCGUUGCUUGAAGCCAUAGGAAUCAUCGAGAAACUCUACUGGAUCAAUUCCGUCAUUUUCACCGACUCAUUAAAUAAAUUAAACUUCAACCUGACACUAUGCUGGGUCCCGGCACACAAGAGAAUUCCUGGAAAUGAAAACGCGGACCAAGCUGCCAAAAUCGCGACCCGUCAAGGAUUCAUUCCCCCGUUCCGCAUUCCAUACGCGGAUUAUUUUGCUGAAGUUAACUGUACUACUACUAAUAAAUUCAGAGCUUAUCUGGAAGAAGCGGCACAAGUUAAUGGCAUCCAACAUGCUUCCUUAUACUAACUUACUCUUCAUAAACGCCCUUGGUUUCACCGUAAACCUCUUGGCAGAGAAGUAGUAAUAGUCAACCGACUUAGAAGCAACCACUACAACUUAAAAUACAGCUUAUUUAGAAAAAACAUGUCAGACUCACCAAAUUGCCCCUGUGGGUCGGCAGGACGCCAACCAUAUCAUUUUUUAUUGUCCUAUUACUACUCCGAAAUCAUCCAAUCUCAGACAAUACCUUAAAGACAAAUACCCUUCAUUCCAAAUCAACAUCUUUCCCAUUCUUGGCUACCCUAUUACUAAAUUAUGCCGCCUCAUGCUUUCGUACUUCAAAUCGUGCGAGCUUAACAUUUGAACCCUCCCGCCUCGUGUACAUGCACGAGUUCACGUCUCUGACGCGAUUCAAGGGGAGGGCGCUCAAUACUCAUGUUACGUGGCUUCGGAGCCGUUUGGAGCGCGCGCGCGUGCUCCCAAAGCUCCGGUUACUCCGCCAUUGCCAAUUCGUUUCUAUCAUCAUGAUCACCGUCCACCCGUUACAUCUUUCAAUCCACCAUUUAUACCUUUCUGCUACCCAAAAAUUAUUCUGGUUAAUGGCCAAAUCGUCCCUGCCCUACUAGUUACUGGGGACGGGUGCCAAUUCAAUAAAAGGAAGAAGAACUAAUACACGUGAAACGUGACAGAUUGACGAUGAAAUGUUAUCGUGCAUGUCAUUUUGUUAUUAUGUGUUUCAUUUUAAAAACAUGACUUGUCUCGUAUUUACCAAAUUCGUAAAA